GACUUUUGUUAAGGGUGAAAUUGGCAACAUAUAAAAAUGAUAUCGAGUUAACCAGAUUAGGCAGUCAUUGUCUUUCUUUUUUUAAUGCACACAUUUUUGAAAAUCGUUGCUUUGAAAAAGAGUGACUUAUCAUUAUAGUAGAGAAACUUGGUUCCAAAAGUUAAAAUCAUGUUAAAUUCUUUGAUUCGUGUGUGUUAUAUAGGUCUCAGUGUCUGCAUACUAUUGGUUAGCGCUAGCACUCUGAGGGAUGUUGAAUAUAGUGAUGAUCACUAUUGCCACAGCGAAGGGUGCACCGAAGCAGGCCGCAGCAUUACAAGUAAGCUUGACAGAAGCGUUGACCCAUGCGAAGAUAUAUUCCAGUUCUCUUGUGGCGGAUGGUUUAAAGACAACCCGAUAUCCGAGGAGUGGAAUGAAAAGUCUCCCCUUAUCGACGUGAGCUUACAAAUUGACGAACGUCUGCUGGAGCUCAUUCGUCAAGAUGGAUGGGAGUUUAAAGGGACGCCAUCCAGCGCCAUCAAAAAGUUGAAAGAGUUUUAUUGGUCCUGUGUGGAUAUGGGCGCCAUUGACGAAAAAGGCGCUGAGCCCCUUAAACAGCUUAUUGACGACUUUGGCUCCUGGACUGUAACAGAAACCGAGAAGCCAUGGGAGAAAGAUAAGUGGGAUCUCCAAGAAGCGAUCUUCAAGACCCACGCUUGGUGGGGUUCAAGUUUCUUUGACAUAGGUGUCAGCGCAGAUGAAAAAAAUGGCUCCCGAAACAUUGUUUCAAUGUCUCAAGGUGGAAUAGCCCUAUCUGAACUUCCUGAAUCGUACACUGAGGAGUCUACAAAGGAUUUCUUCAUGAAAGCUGCAGUCAAACUCGGGGAACUCCUGGGAGGAAGUAGUGUGAAUGUAACAGCCAAGAUGGCGAAGGUUUAUGAUCUUGAAAAAAAUCUAGCUCAGAUAUUUGUGCCAAAGGAAAACUUAACGAAUCCGUUCAAUGCCUACAACUUAAUGACACUUGAAGACUUCCAGAAACUAAUUGGAUCCUGGAUCAACAUGGAAAAGUUUAUGGAGUCUGUGUUUCCGGAGCUCGACUGGCGCGAUGAGGAUGAGCUUGUGGUAAUAACACCAGAAUAUUUCAAGGAACUACAAAAUGUCGUUCAAGACACAGACAAAGAAACUCUAGCAAACUACAUCAUGUGGAACCUCAUUCUGCCCACUGUGGGUUACCUCCCCGAAGAGUUCGAAGAUGUUAACAUCAAGCAAGCUACAGAGUCUGAAGACAAAGCUGAGAUCCCUCUGUCUAGGCAGACGUCAUGUUUACAAAAAGCUGUUAAGGUCAUGCCUUUUGCUGCCAGCGCCCUCUACAUCGACUUGUUCUUCUCACAGGAAACAAAUGUCAAGGUUGUAAUUGCCAUAGACGACAUUGAGCACGAGUUUAUCAACAACCUGGAUGAGCUCCACUGGAUAGACCAAGUCACGAAGCAGAACCUGAGAGAGAAAGCCGAGUCUAUGACCAACCAAAUAGGUUUUCCAGACUGGAUCCUUAACCCCAGCAAACUAGACGCUUAUUAUGACAGCCUUGUUGUUAAUCCAGAUGAUUUCUGGGGCAACUUUAUUAAUGCUAACCAAUUUCAAUCAAAUCAAAUUCUGGAAAGCUACCAAAAGCCACCUGAUAAAAGAAAAUGGGAUACAUCUCCGCUGGAAGUCAACGCUUUUUAUUACAGCACAGAAAAUCAAAUGGUCGUGCUGGCCGGAAUAUUGCACGAGGAUAUUGUGUCACCAUAUUACCCAACCUCAUACGUAUACGGAAAGCUUGGAUCUAUUAUUGGCCAUGAGAUCAUACACGGUUUUGACAACAGCGGGCGUCUAUAUGAUAAAGACGGGCACUUGCAGGACAGUUGGACGCCUCAUGUGGCUGAAGAGUUUGACCAGAGGGCGCAAUGUUUUAUUGACCAGUACGACUCCUACCUAGUAUACAACCACAGCCUAAGUGGUUCACAGACUCUGGGUGAGAACAUUGCUGAUAAUGGCGGAAUGAGACUUGCUUACAGAGCUUACAAGAAUUCGAUCAAGCCUGAAUUGCGUUUACCUGGACUGAAUCUCACAGACGAUCAACUCUUUUUCGUUGGCAUGAGUCAUUUUCAUUGUGGCCUGUUUUCAGAAGACUCCGCUCUUUUUCGUUUGCGCACUGACACUCAUGCAAUCAGCGAAUUUAGAGUGAUUGGGACCAUGUCAAACAGCAGAGAUUUUGCGGAGGCGUUUAACUGUCCAGUAGGAAGUCCAAUGAACCCAGAAGAAAAAUGUGAAAUUUGGUGAACGUAGACAGCAACUUAUAUUUGUCUCUGAGUUUAAUAAAUUUAUGGCUUCUUAGCUGAUAAACGUUUA